GCCCUGCAAUGCCCACAAUCAGGGCCAUUUACGCCAAUGGGCACGGGCAGCGUUGUGGUGAGACGGCUCCGGCUUGCACCAAUUGGUGUCCAGCUCCAAGCGCUCCAGCUCCGGCUCGCACUGCAGGGCCCAGCUCCAUUCAGACCCUGCGUGGCAACCUGUGUGGGCGCGAGGUGGCCCUAGUUCUUUGUGGGGAAGCCCAUGAGGACGCGGUGGACCUGACUCGUACCAAAAGCAUCCUUGAACCGACGAUGGGUUGGGUCGACACCAGCGAUGCCUUUCUUCUACGGAAGAUGAGGCACAGCAGGAGCAAUGUGACCCUGCAAGUCGCCAAGAAGUGGGCGUCUCAUGCCAUGACGUCUGAGAAUGACGGAGUUCUUCUGCUCUUCCACAUGGUGGACUCUGUGAAUGGUGUUGGGACAGCUAAGGUCUUUAUGCCACAGGAGAUUGAGGUGAAGCCUGGAGAGCAAGAGGAGAACACUCAGUAUUUUCUUUGGAAAGACUUGGAUCCAGAUGCCAGGUAUAUUCACGACAAGAAGGCGAAAGGAAUCGAGGUCCUGCCUGAGGAACACGAUUCCAUCAUUGCCCGCCGCAAGAAGCGGCUGCGCAUGGAGGGUGUGGAACUCUUCGAUGACUGGUUGAUUAGAGCUGGACGUUUGCCGCACGUGGAAAUCAUUUUGGAAGGUCCCGUCCGGUCAACUGAGGUUGAGCUGCAUGAGGAUCCAGACACGGCCCCAGCUCCCAUUGCUGAUGAAAGUUGUCAAGCUAUGGAACUGGAUAGUGGAGAGGAAUUUGCAACUCUCUUAGACCAGGACAUGAGAUCACUUCGAUUUUUGGCGGAGGAUGGCACUGGUGCCUUCCUGCAGUACUUAGUACGGCGUGUGAGGGACAACCUCCCUUCAGAGCGCGUCCAUUUCUUCGAGUUGAGGGAGCUCGGCAACCCGGAUGACGACGAAGUGAAAAAGGAGUUCCAAUGCCUUGUGCCGGACGGUCAGCUCAUGGAUCUUGAAGAAGAGUGGUUGGAGGAGCUGCAGUUACCAGCACCUCGUGUCAAAACGGGUCGGCAUGGAUCAUGUGGCGUACAUGUGCGCCAUGUGGUGCCUUCAUGGGAAGCAUUCUUUGGUGCUGCAUCGGAGUUGCUGUAUUUCUCUCCGCAUGUCCGUGCUGAUUUUGUACCUUUUCUGGCUUGUGUCAUGAAAACUCCGGAGGCUCCAACACGACCCAAGGAUUGGGUGCUGAAAUUCUUUGAACAUCUCUACUGCGGUGUGAUCGCCGAUGCCCUCGCCAUGCUUCGCUCCGAUCCCACGGCACGUGCCUUCCUGCGGCUUCGCUCCGCGGUGCACCGCCCGCCCGGCCCGCGCGGCCGCGGUCACCGGUCGUUGGUGCGGCGACAGGACGUGCGGCACCUGGUGCCGGUGUCCGUGGCGCCGGUGGAUCGAUAUCUCAAAGCGAAGACGCCCGGGGCACCCAGGACCUGGGUCUCUGCCCUGGCCGAACGCGUGAGAUGGAAGGCACCGGAGCUGGUGGAAAAGGCACAGCAAUGGUACUUGCAAGUCACGGAGAAUCUCUUGGAAGAUGUCAAGGAGAAGGACCCCGAGGGUGACUACUUCGUUGCGUGGCUUCGCGAGGCUCAUCGUGACAUUUUCGAGGAUAUCGAUGUGAACAAUCCCAAUUUGCUGCGGAGAGUGAAGGAGAUGCCCAGCUUGUCCAUGCGGACUCAGUCACGCAAUUUGAGUGGGAUCCGGAUACCUUUCUUUGAUGAAGCGAUGCAAGAAAUCUUGUCUUAUGAUCCAAGCUCUGGCCCAACUACUCGCAGGCAACGUGUAUUGGCGAAGAUUAUCGUUGAUGCUUUCCAACUGCGCAUGGUUGACCUAGCAUCCAUCCUCAUUGUCAUGGAUCGUGCUUUGGCCUUUCCUGAAGGAUCUGAGGUGGUGAUCAUCAUGUAUACUGGGGCCGAUCAUGCCCGAACGGUCCAGCACUUUUAUCAGGACCUCGGUUUCACUGGUUGUCCUCUACCUCAGAAGGGGCUUGUGGGGAAGGACGAGUUCGGACCACGCGAACCGAGAGGGUUGCGGCUUCCCACUUAUUUGCACAACUUCGGUGAGCUGUUCGGCAAACAUCGAGCGGCGGAUCAUCAGAGAGCGACGGCAGAUCAUGGCUCGUGCCUGUAAGGCCUUUUGGAUGAGGUUGUUUGCCAUUUUGCCUUCCACGUCGAAC